AUGACCAAGCAGCGGCAGGCUGGCCUCCCACGGUGGUUCGCUGUCAUUUAUCUGGGCUCCUGUCUCCUCCCUGCGACCUGGGCUCAGUUUCCUCGGACCUGUAUGACUGUGGAAAGUCUAGUGUCCAAAGAGUGCUGUCCCCCUCUGGGUGUGGAACCUGCCAAUACCUGUGGCAUACUAGAGGGCCGAGGACAAUGUGCAGAGGUGCAGGCAGAUACCAGGCCCUGGAGUGGCCCCUAUGUGCUCCGGAACCAGGAUGAUCGUGAGCAGUGGCCUAGGAAAUUCUUCAACCGGGCAUGCAAGUGUAGAGACAACUUUGCUGGCUACAAUUGUGGAGAAUGCAAGUUUGGCUGGACAGGUCCCAACUGCACUCAAAAGAAGCCACCAGUUGUUCGGAAGAAUAUCCAUUCUUUGACUCCUCUAGAGAGAGAGCAAUUCCUGGAUGCCUUGGAUCUUGCAAAGAACACGAUCCACCCAGACUACAUAAUUACUACUCAGCAUUGGCUGGGCUUGUUGGGGCCUAAUGGAACCCAGCCACAAAUUGCCAACUGUAGCAUUUAUAACUUCUUUGUGUGGUUACAUUAUUACUCUGUCAGAGACACACUAUUAGGACCAGGGCGACCGUUCAAAGCCAUAGAUUUCUCCCACCAAGGGCCUGCAUUCCUUACCUGGCACAGGUAUCAUUUAUUGUUGCUGGAAAGAGAUCUCCAGAGACUCACUGGCAAUGUCUUUGCAUUACCUUACUGGGACUUUGCCACAGGGAAGAAUGAAUGUGAUGUCUGUACAGAUGACUUAUUUGGUGCUUCAAGACUGGAAGACUCAACCUUGAUUAGUCAGAAUUCAAGAUUCUCCCGCUGGGAGAUUGUAUGUGACAGCUUGGAUGACUACAACCGCCGGGUCACCCUGUGUAAUGGGACAAAUGAAGGUCUGCUGAGAAGAAAUCAACUAGGAAGAACUAAAGAGCAGUUGCCCACCAUAGAAGAUGUUCAGGCCUGCCUUUCUCUUGAGAAGUUUGACAGUCCUCCUUUCUUCCAGAAUUCUAGCUUCAGUUUUAGGAAUGCCCUGGAAGGAUUUGAUAAAGCAGAUGGAAACUUUGAUUCAACAGCAGCGAGCCUUCAUAACUUGGUUCAUGCUUUCCUGAAUGGCACUAGUGCUUUCCCCCAUUCUGCUGCAAAUGACCCCAUUUUUGUGGUUCUUCAUUCUUUUACUGAUGCCAUUUUUGAUGAGUGGAUGAAACGCUUCAAUCCAACUAUCAAUGCCUGGCCUCCAGAGCAAGCACCCAUUGGUCACAAUCGGAUGUAUAAUAUGGUCCCUUUCUUUCCUCCUGUGACAAAUGAGGAGUUCUUCUUAACUGCAGACCAACUUGGCUAUGAUUAUGCUAUUAACUUGCCAGCUUUGUCUUCAGUGAAAGCUACCCAGCGCCAGACUCUAAUCCUGUCAGUUAUUGGGGCAGGCCUAGUGGCUUUAGUAGCCUUUUCUGUGCUACUAGUUCUCCUUCAGUACAGAAGACAGCGGAAAGGAUUUAUGCCUCUGAUGGAGACCAGAUUUAGUAACAGGAAAUACACAGAAGAAGCCUAA